UUUCUAUUUCGUGCUGACUGCGGCGCUGUGGUUUGUAGCAUAAAGCUGCGUUUAGCCAUUGUGUUAGAAACUAAGAACUGGCUUGAGGUCAGUGUAAACCCGCCUCGGCGAGCUGACGGCGUGACGGCACGGCCCAGCGUCCACUCACAAUAAUAUUAACAUUAUUAUAUUAGCAUUAAUAUAAUAAGCAGUUGACUAGCCGGUGUAGCUGAAUGUUUGGAGUCUGGGCUAGUUUAACAGCUACUCAGUAGUGUAAGCUUGACUGAACAUGGCUGGUAGGUGCAGCUUUCUUGGCUGGUGAGAGAAAGCGGUGGUUGUGGCCUGGUGUGAGUGACAGGUCAUGGCCAGCCAGUCCAGCAGCGUGGACUCGAGAGCCGCAGCAAGGGGUGUGGGCUCCAUCAACUCCACCCCUGUGUCUGCCCGCAUCGAUUCCUACGAUGGUGUGGAAAAGAAGUGCAUCUCCGACCUCCGAAGAACCUUCUGCCUGUUUGUGACUUUUGAUCUUCUCUUCAUCACUCUGCUCUGGAUCAUUGAGCUCAAUGUCAAUGGAGGGAUACAGGAACAGCUGAAAAAGGAGGUGUUAGAAUAUGACUACCACAAUUCCUUUUUUGACAUUUUUAUAUUGGCUGUGUUCCGAUUUGCAGCCUUGAUCCUGGCGUAUGCAGUAUUCAGACUGCACCACUGGUGGGCCAUCGCGAUAACAACGGCGAUCACCAGUGGUUUCUUAAUUGCAAAAGUUAUUAUAUCAAAGCUGCUCUCUCAGGGGGCAUUCGGUUACCUGCUACCCAUCACCUCAUUUAUUCUGGUGUGGCUAGAGACGUGGCUCCUAGACUUCAAAGUUCUGCCACAGGAAGCCAUUGACGAAAACAGAUAUCUAACAAUACAGAGUAUCUCAGAGAGAGCUCCACUCUUGCUGCCAGGACCUCUCUCAGACGGACAGUUCUACUCACCACCAGAGUCUGUCGCAGAUUCUGAAGAAGAUCUUGAUGACAAGCUUGACCUUGAGAAACCCAUCGUCUAGCAGGUGUUCCAAGGUGCCCAUAUAUUGGAAUGUCCAGUAUAGCUUUAUGCGAAAGGUGUGUGUGUGUGUGUGUGUGUGUGUGUGUGUGUCUCUGGGUUGCUCAGGAGUAAUCAAUACUGUGCCAGCACUAAGGUCUCGGCAUGUGUGACCCUGCCUUGAGCUGCAUUUUAGUUUCUGUGAUUUAUCAUCCAAGUGAUCUUGGCAGCCACUCUGGUUCCACCACUGCCAAAUUUAUGUUCUUCAGCCUGACUCUUAUCCUCAGUCCAGAACUCAGCCAUAAUCCCUUUACACAAAACAGUCCAAUCAGAACCGUGUUCAUUUGGUUUAAUUAAUGCUAUAACAGACACCAUGGUGUUUCCAAGUUGUUGUUUUUUUGAUUUGCUCAUGAACAAAUAUCAAAGUUAAAAAUGGAUGACUGUUCGCUUUUGCUUUUCCAUAUGUGCUGCACUUUGAUAUUUUCUUGUUCCACUCGUGUCUACUGUAGCAAAUGGCUGCAAUCAUGACUUCCCGGUGUCUUACAUAACGAGGGCCGUUGACGCUUCCUGCGUUUAUAUUAUAUUUAGAUCACUUAAAAAACAUGUAAAUGUCCAUUAUUUGGAGUUGCAGUUGCACAACCACAGAUUAUUGGGAUGUUCGAUGUUCAGCAUUUAUUUACAUUGUUCUUUAUUCUGUUUUAUUCAGUCACCAUUUUAACAUGUCUGUCAGUCCUUGUAUAUGAAAAUAGGCCUUCACAUAUUCUAGGCAAUUAUAUUUUACCAAUAACAUGUUUGGGACCGUUUACUUACCCACAGACUAACAUGCACCAUAAAGGGCUCAUUUGAUUCUGCAUGAUCAUAAACUGUUUACAACACUUGUGUAGAAUGAUCAUAUGUUCACAGUAAUAUAUGCAUGUUGUCUGUCAGUAGACAUAUACCACAUACCACAUAUUGUUUGAUUUUUGAGUUAAUAGGCAAGAGCUUCUGUAUGUGGCGAUUAUGUGAAACCUCAGCCUUUGAGAUUUGAUAAUCAUUCUGUGCCAUUCAGUUUUUUUUUUUUCAUGGUAAAUGUAAAAUCAUUUGUUUUAAUUAAAGUUUCUGUUUAUUUCAGAUUA